AUGUACGCUGACGGAUAUCAUCAAAGCCCAUUGGGCACUCCCGCUACGACAUCAGACUUGUCCAAGUUAUAUUAUCACAAGUUGGGACGGAAUAAUACCCCUCCAUUAGUCAAUGGAUAUUUCACUCCUCCGCAGAGUCGUGAGAACUCCCCAUCAUUACGUGCAAUUUCUCCGAACCCUCAGAGCCGGAAUCAUUCACCUCUCCCAUCUGUGAGAGGUGGUUCACCAACCCCAUCACAUCACAACAUGCGGAGAUCUAGAACAAAUUCCGGAUCAAGGUUUUCUAGGGCACCAUCACCGAUGCAAAGGGAGAACUCUUUUGGAAGUAGACGAUUUACACCCGAGCCAAUUGAGAUUGCAAUUCCUCCUCCUAUCCAACUUGGUGGAGAGCAGGGAACAUUUGGACGUGCAGACAGUCGCAAAUACCAAAAGCCUCUCAUUCUCCCCACACCACCCGAGUCUGUAAAGGAUACCAACUCCCAAAAAAGCCGUCACCGAAAAUCAGAUGAAUCCAUAAUAAUCCCACUAGAGCCUACGGUCUAUAUGCCCGGAGUGGGGGAUACAGUGAGUAGUGUAGGGUCUCUUGCGCUUGAGCGCGAUGAGGAUUACUUCGCUCUUCAGCGGGAACGCUCGAUAUCGGAUCGUGUCGCGCAAUUUGCGGCAUAUCCUACACCACCCGAGUCACUAGAUUCGCCCACAAUUAAGUCACCAUUUUUGCCAGUAGAACCAGAAGUGGAGGAUAACGAUGCGCGACCGCGCUUUCCAACUCCUUACCAAAGGUGCGGAAUGGCUUCAACACAAGAAGAGCUUGUAGGAUUGUGGAAGUCAGCUCAAGGUAUUAGAAGAGGUGCAGUAAAGCCAACCGGCAAAAACUACAUCUUGAAUAUGUACCGUCAAGCAUCACUCCCCGAUCCGCACCAGGCAGAACACCCUCUCGCAUUCCCAGAGCAUUUCACUUUUGGUGAAAAUGCCUAUACACCUUUCUACAGCAUUCAUGCAAUGCGUGAGAAUCAGAGUGAUGAUACCUUUAGCGAACUGAGUCUUCUUCGCCGAGAUCCAGUGACUGGCCUGGAUACCUCAGUUAUAACUCUGGGACUUGAGCCUCCUUCCCGCCGUAUUUCUCCGGCAGGGGAUGGAUUGAUCACUCUCAUCUACCCCAAGGAAGCAGUUCUCUCUGCCAUGUCCCCUAAAACCCCAACAGUUCCGGCUAAAGCCGACCAGCUCCUCGGCCCUCGUAGGAAGAGAGGCGAUGAAGAAAGAGCCAGGGAAGCCAUUCAGAAGGCCUACGCAACUGAGUGCUGUAGACUUAGCUGGAAUGCAGCACGAAGAAGAUAUUACUUAUAUCACCCUGGUAUUGGCAAUGGUGGGGAUGCUUAUCUCGUUCAGAUUGAAGGCGAAGUUGGAUUCGACAACUUGGGCGCCAAGGGCUGCAUCAAGUUAAUUAACGUUGAUACAAAUGAAACUCUUGUGGAAUUGGACUUUACACGCAAGAUGCUGUUCAUUGAUACCAAUGCGACCAACAAGAUCCCCUCGGACCAUAUUGUUGAUGUGGCCGUGUCUACCGUCCUCACUGUCGCAACGGUCGAGGGUAGACGCAUGAGGAUGGUACGCCAGAGUCAAUCAUAUUACUCAAAUACUGUGUCUGCAUCAUCAUCAUCGCGACACAUUAGCAACCAAUACAGCGAAAAACGAAGCCGCAAGCAACGUGGCUUCUCAAACUUUCUUAGAAAACUCUGCUUCUGA